UUGAGCGAGGCCAGGAGGAAACGCGCCGGCCACGAGCAAAAAGCAAAGCAAGAAAUUUCAUCUUAUAUUUAGAACAUGAACAUUUAAAAAGACACUGAAGAAUAAAGCAGAUAAAUAUGAUCGAAUACCAUCGCUGCUUCUUUUUACCUGGGUGGAUAUAAGUGAUGUGAUAAUCUUAUUCUUUCGGAUAUUUACUUUUCUUCAAAUAAGAUAAGGGCUUGGCUGACAUCCUUCUCCAGAAGUCUACAGCAUAUUAAAAAGAAAUGACAAGCCUAUUGGCAGAAGAUAACGUGGAGUCCCAGGGCUCAGAUGAGCUUGAAUGCAAAAUCUGCUACAACCGCUAUAACCUGAGGCAGAGGAAACCUAAAGUGCUGGAGUGUUGCCACAGAGUAUGUGCCAAAUGCCUUUGCAAGAUCAUAGACUUUGGGGAAUCUCCUCAGGGAGUCAUUGUUUGUCCAUUCUGUAGGUUUGAAACAUGCCUGCCUGAUGACGAGGUGAGUAGCCUUCCAGACGAUAACAACAUCUUGGUCAAUUUGGCUUAUGGAGGAAAGGUGAAGAAGUGCUUACCAGACAACCCUACGGAACUUUUGUUGACUCCCAAAAGGUUGGCCUCCCUUGUCAGUCCUUCCCACACCUCCUCCAACUGUCUGGUUAUUACCAUCAUGGAGGUACAAAGAGAGAAUCCCCCGACACUGAACUCCACCCCAGUGGUGGAAUUCUACAGGCCUACAAGUUUUGAUUCUGUGGCAUCGGUACCCCACCAUUGGACAGUGUGGAACUGUACCUCCUUACUCUUCCAGACUUCCAUUUGAGUCCUAGUUUGGUUGCUAGGCUUGCUGUAUUUUAGUUCUUUGCCUUUGGGGAUCUACUUACUGGUAUCAAAGAAAGUCACUCUGGGGGUAGUAUUUGUCAGCCUGGUUCCCUCGAGUCUUGUUAUUCUCAUGGUUUACGGCUUUUGCCAAUGUAUAUGUCACGAGUUUUUGGAAUGUAUGGCUUCUUCUUAAUGGCAAUCGCAAUGAAAUAAGCAAUGAAAUGAAAUGGCCAUCGAUGUAGCGUAGGUGACUUACUGUAUCCUUCUCUUCCAUAUUCUUGUUACGUUUAUCCAUUGAAUAAGAAUACUGACCAGUUUUGUGGUCCUUUUAUUACUUUCAGGAGUAAAUGAAUUGUUUUAUUCAUGCUCUAUCCUGUUUAUCAGUGAAUAAUAACUUUUAAUAGACUAAGCAAUAGAAAGAAGAUGAGUCCUGAAUAACUUCUUAACUAGGUGCCUGAUGCUACGUUACAAUAGUGCUUUCAUUUAAAAUAA